CGAUUGAACCGGUGAACUCGAGGAUAUGCAACCCCCGGCUGAGGCCUCGGCCUCGCUGACAGUGGCGGCAGUCGCGAACAGUCGCGAGCUCGGUGCCGAACUGGGGCGAUGUUGCUUGUCAUUCGUUUACGCGAUCAACACGAAUUUUCGCCAUUGCUGGUGCCGUCGGUAAAGUUAAUAAUCAUCAAACGUAUUUAUAUUUUCUAAUUACAUUCGUAUCAAUCUUUUAUCGUCCUAUUAAUAUAUAACAUUAUUAGUAUUAUUAUUAUUCGUAUUAUUCGUAUUCGUAUUCUAUUAGUUCUCUAGUGAACAUAUUUUUUCUUUCGUCUCAAUUAAAUCAUUAUCAUUACAAAUAUUUGGUCAUUAUUAUUAUUACUACGGGACGCCAUAGCGAUCGGUUCGCUAACUUCGACUAUUACGCGACGACGAUACCCACCUCGAUAUCACACGUGAGCAAGACGACAUUCUUCUACGAACGAGAUGAUAGACGUCUGACCGUUCGGAGGUGUAAGGAAUGGCCAGCAGUACGGAGGACUACGGCUCGGAAUUGCAGGAGUUGCAAUGGGGUGGUGGUAGCGGUUCUCAUUUUUUACGGAGUAAUUCUCACUUCUUGAGAAGCGGUAGCGGAGGUUGUUACGAAGCUGAGGAUCUCGAACCAAGUAGCAGGCACCAUGCCGGUCAACACAGAGGAUAUUACAGCCCGCCUGGCACCAGUUACACCAUUGUCGAGAGACCUCCCAGUGCUCCUCACCAUCACUCCUCUCAUACGACACCUUACAGGCAUCGAACUCAUGCCACUUCCGGCACAGGUGCUAUUUCACCGGAACAAGUACUCAGGUUAUUCGGUAAUGGCGUACCGGCUGAGAGACGUCAAGGUGAACGAAGGACACCUGCCUCGAGUCCAGCCAGUGUGGCCAACGUGAGGAGUACGAGUUCGUCUCAACAGGGCCAUCAAUCUACUCAUCAACAGCAACAAUCUCAACAACAAUCACAACAGCAGCAGCAGCAACAGCAACAACAACAACAACAACAAUGUCAGCAACAACAAUCGCAACAACAAUCGCAACAACAACAACAAUCUCAACAAAUAGUAGGUUCGAAUCCACCAACUUCACCUGGAUCUCAACCACUGAGUCUACAGGAGCUCACCGUAAGGACAAUCACCAUGACGAGAGAUCCACCUGACUCUCAUCAUGGAUUUGGAAUCUGCGUGAAGGGUGGCAAGGACGCAGGUGAGAUCCGAAGUACCUUCAAGCUACCUCCGUCGCCGUACUUCGUGCCUCGAGAACGAGGAGUGGGUGUUUAUAUUUCGAGAGUGGAAGAAGGUUCAGUGGCUGAACGAGCUGGACUCAGGCCAGGGGACACCAUUUUAGAGGUGAAUGGCACACCCUUUCAUGCGGUGACCCACGAGGAGGCCCUCAAAAUGCUGAAAUCCUGUAGGACUUUGAGUAUGACAGUACGCGGACCAGCAUUAGAUCCUCGUUGUAGAGUUGGUCAUCCUGUUUGGCCAUCUUCGGGUCGUCAACAAUCUUGCAGUUGGAUGGACCGUCAAGGAAGACCAGCCUCACCACCACCAUUUUUUUCCUCUCGAGAUUCCAGAUAUGGACCACGAACGCGAAAGGUCGAACUUUGCAUCGAACCAGGACAAUCCCUUGGUCUUAUGAUCAGAGGUGGUCUUGAAUAUGGCCUUGGAAUAUAUGUCACUGGAGUAGACAAGGACAGUGUUGCCGAUCGUGCUGGACUUUUGGUCGGUGAUCAAAUCAUAGAAGUUAAUGGACAAAAUUUCGAGGAAGCAACGCACGACGAAGCUGUACAAAUUUUGAAAACGAACAAGAAAAUGAACUUAUUGAUACGUGACGUAGGAAAGGUACCUCAUUCUUGUACGACCAGUCAACCAAUCGUCAUGCCUACUUCGAGAUAUUCUGAUCACGAUCCUCUUAUUCUCGAAAGUCCUGGAAAUCAUCGGCCACCUAGUCCUGCUAGCACGAACGAUUGGAGACAUCGGGGAGGAAUUCAGGUUUCUGCAGCAACGGCAGCCAUGGUUGAGGAAAAAGCAAGGGUCGUUCUAGCUAGAAGCGAAAGGGCUGCUUUGUCACAUAUUUUGGCAGAUUAUAGAACGCGAAGAUUAACGGUAGAGGAAUUGGUCGCGAAUCUUGCCGAUCUUUUGAAUACUCAUGAAAAAUUGACCCUUCUUACUGAACUAAGAGAACUCGUUGAUAGCAAGGAUAGAGCUACUUUCGAUGAUUUAGUUUACAGACCACGCGUCGCAAUGGCUAGGAGAAAAGGAGACCGCGCUCAUUCGGAUCUAAUCGUAACACCGUCUCUUCAUGAUCUUCCGAGGGGUGUACCCAGUGGUUGUUGCCGUCCGGGACGACUGGUGGACGUCGAGGGAGAUCCCCUGGGAGUGACAGGACCUCUCCUGCCACGGGAUAAUCAAGAGUAUAGGUCACCGAGCGAGGACAGCGGUCUCGGGGCUGAUAUGCCCAGGACCAGAGUGUCCUGCAGGAGGGCUCAACAACAUCAGGUGACUACCUCUGACCUCGCCCUCUCCAACGACGACGAGUGUGAUAAUCAGGAUUACGAGGACGAUAUUGACAGCGGACGAGGACGAAGACACAGCUCGCCUGGAGGAUCACGAGGAAAUCCACGAGAUUACGGUCAUCAUCAUCUUCAUCCGGAUAAUUUGGAAAGCGACGGAGGAUGCGAUGAUAGCGACGCUGAGAUGAUCGGUAAUGGGAGGCGUGGAGGAGGAGGAGGAGGAGGUGGAAGGGAAGGAGGAGGUGGAGGAGGAGAAAGGGAACGCGAUGUGGAGGAGGAUGAGGAAGAAGGAAGGGAAGAGAGGAGCUCGGAUGGUGGAGGUGGUGGAGGUUUCGGUGGUUGGAGGUCCCAUUUGCUUGGUGGGCUGACGCAGCGUGUGAAAUCCUGGUACUGGGGCGCCAGGCCCCUCGAACUCGCGCACAAACUCUCGCGAAGCUUCGAUAUGCAAGAUGGACAAUUACUCGAGGAGGGUGGUUCCGGUGGAGGUUCAAUUACCGGAAGUGGAGGACCAGGUGGACCACCUAGAAGACAUCACAGUGCUCAAAGAUUAACUAGAAGCGAGAUGUCCGAUAGAAGAGACGAAGAUGGUGCUUUAGUUGUACCGGAUCAUCAAGGAAAUCUUAGGAUCACUGUAAAAAAAACUAAAUCGAUUUUGGGUAUUGCAAUUGAGGGUGGUGCUAACACUAAACAUCCUUUGCCGAGGAUCAUAAAUAUUCACGAUAACGGAGCUGCUUACGAAGCUGGUGGUCUGGAAGUCGGUCAGCUUAUUCUCGAGGUUGAUGGUCACAAAGUAGAAGGACUACAUCAUCAAGAAGUAGCCAGAUUGAUAGCAGAAUCAUUCGCACGACGUGAUAGAAACGAAAUCGAAUUUUUGGUAGUAGAAGCAAAGAAGAGUAACCUCGAACCAAAACCAACGGCAUUAAUUUUCCUGGAGGCGUAGCAGGAGUCCCCCACCUCCGAGCCGGAACCGCCGUAGUAAGAGGUUAUUACUCGACGAUAUCGAAAAUCGGCCGGAAAGAGAAUCGAAUUUUAACGAAGAUCAACAAACAAUUAAAUAUAUAUAUACAUAUAUGAACAAGAACACCGAUUUAUUCUCAAUUCGUGACCGAGUUUUCGAUCGGUCGUUCCUCAACCUGGCCCUGGUGGUGGGACCUUUUAAUUGAAGACAACAAAUCAAAGAUAACAAAAUAUAAGAAAUUAAUAAAUGGAAGAAAAGAAAGAAGAUAACGAAGAAAAUAUGAAUAAUCUGUGAUCGGGGCAAUGUUUUCAUAAUUUUCAACUAAUAGGAGCCAGUUUGUAAAACAGAAGCAUUUAUUUGCUAUAGUUGUUUGUAAAGAAGAAAGAAAAAAAGAACGAAUCGAGGUUACUAAGUACCGGUUACACUGUUGUAUUAAGUUAAAUUGAGGCUUCUUGACCUGAUAAUAGAAACUAGUAAACUUACAAAUCCGGGUUUUAAAUAAAUCUUACAAUUAGGUAUUGGUUUCUGAUCAAUUCUAUCCUACUGUAUGUAUUCUAAUGACUAAUGAAAUAAUACUUGGAUGAACAAUUGAUUAAAGACAGCAAAAUUAUUUGACAGA